AUGAGGGCAAAAGUUCGAAGGAGCUUCAAAAGCCUUGAUAUGGACCUCUACGAUGGAACUACUGACCCAAAGCAUCACUUAAGCAAUUUUAAAAGUUGGAUGUAUCUAGCCGACGCUUCUGAUGCUACUCGAUGUAAGGCUUUCCCGACAACCCUGACGAAAGCAGCGAUGAAAUGGUUCGAUAGUCUCCCCCCAAGGUCGGUCACCAGCUUCGACGACCUCUUGCAGAAGUUCCUUAUGCGAUUCUCCAUCCAGAAGGACAAAGUAAAUCACGCACCGAGUCUCUUGGGAGUAAAACAGGAGGUCGGAGAACCUUUGAGGGACUACAUGGAAAGGUUCAACAAAGCGUGUUUGAAAAUUCAAGACCUGCCCAUGGAGGCAGUGAUUUUGGGCCUAGUAAAUGGAUUCCGAGAAGGUCCCUUCUCCAAGUCCAUCUCAAAAAAGCAUCUAACCUCUCUGAGUGAUGUACAAGAGAGAGCUGAGAAGUACAUUAACAUGAAGGAAAAUGCCAGACUGCGAGAACCGAACUGGCAACUUGGGCACUCUCACUCAUCAAAAGAGAAAGAGAGAGAACCCAGGAAGAAAGAGGAAGUCGAACCUGAAAGGCCCAGGAGAUAUCACUCCUAUACUCCUCUACGUGUUUCCCUAGUUGAUGUCUACAGGAAAAUUUGUCAUACUGAAAGACUACCUCCCCCUAGUCCCAUCAAAAAUAAAAGGGGGGAAGUUGUAGCGACGACUGUGAGUACCAUAAACUAUAUGGUUACUCAACAAAUGAUUGUUACGACCUAA